CCCCACGGGCCCCACAACCCCCGAGACUCCCCGCUCUUGGCUCUCGCCGGCUUUUUCUAGACCCUCUGUCUGUCCGCUGGGGGCGCGCGCAGUGUAUGGCAGGCGGCACUGGCGCUGGCGGCCGGGUGCGCGGGUCACGCGUGGUAGUGCGUGGUUGCUAGGGGCGCCUGAGGCCGCCUGCUAACCCAGCAGGCCGAGGGAGGAAGUAGCGUGGAGCUGGUGUCGAGCUGGGGCGAAGCUGGAUGCCCUAGUUUCAAAUAGACUGUCUUCAAUUGAGCUCACUAAUACUUUCCUCUGCUUGAUCUAUUGUGUAGUUAAGAGCCUCUAGUAAAUUUUUCAGGUCACUACCUCUUCUUCAACACUAGAUGGUGUCUUAGACCCAGACUGACAGACUUCAGGAUGCAGCUGCUACUGCUGGAGGUGUGUGGCACCUUACCUGGGCCAGGUCAUGAGAUCGUGUGGCCAUGAUGUGGGCCCCUCAUGGCCUCAGCAGGAACGGAGCACUACAGCAUUGGCCUCCGCCAGAGAAACAGCUUCAAGCAGAGUGGUCCCCCAGAGACAGUGCCUGCCGCGCCACCUGAGAAACCCUCUGAGGGCAAAGUCUGGUCUCAGGCCCAUCAGCAAGUGAAGCCAAUCUGGAAGCUGGAGAAGAAGCAGGUGGAGACACUGUCAGCAGGGUUGGGCCCAGGCCUCCUGGGCAUCCCCCCCAAGCCAGCAUAUUUCUUUUGCCCCAGCACUUUAUGUAGCUCUGGGACCACAGCUGUCAUUGCAGGCCACAGCAGCUCCUGUUACCUACACUCUCUCCCAGAUUUGUUCAACAGCACCCUGCUAUACCGCCGCUCCAGCUCUCGGCACAAACCGUACCAGCAGCUGGAGUCUUUCUGCUUGCGUUCAAGCCCAUCAGAAAAAAGCCCUUUUUCUCUCCCUCAAAAGAGCCUCCCUGUCAGUCUCACUGCCAAUAAGGCCACUUCUUCCAUGGUCUUCCCCAUGGCCUCCUCAUCCACAGAACCAUACCUCUCCUUGGCCGCGGCUGGGGAAAACCCUUCAGGGAAGAGCCUGGCCUCUGCCAUCUCAGGGAAGAUCUCAUCUCCACUGUCUUCCUCCUAUAAGCCCAUGCUGAAUAAUAAUUCCUUCAUGCGGCCAAAUAGCACGAAAGUGCCUUUAUCACAGACCACAGAGGGCCUGAAGCCAGUAUCCUCACCCAAGGUCCAACCCAUCUCUUGGCAUCAUUCAGGGGGUACUGGAGACUGUGUACUGCAGCCUGUUGACCAUAAGGUGCCCAAAAGCAUUGGCACUUUCCUAGCUGAUGCCAGUGCCCAUAUCGCCUUGUUUACCCCUAGCUCUGACGACACAUCCGCCACCAGUGUUGCCUCUUCCUGGUAUAACCGGAAUAACUUAGCCAUGAGGGCAGAGCCACAUUCCCGUAGUCUGGAUGACAGCUCUGAUUCCCAGGCUCCAACUAAAGAGAUUCGGUUCACUGAGGCUGUGAGAAAGUUGACCGCAAGAGGCUUUGAGAAGAUGCCAAGGCAAGGCUGCCAGUUUGAACAGUCUAGUUUCCUGAACCCCAGCUUUCAGUGGAACCUCAACAGGAGCAGGCGGUGGAAAUCCCCUGCGGUCAAUCAGCAGUUUCCUCAGGAGGAUGCUGGAUCAGUCAGUGGGGUCCUCCCUGGUUCCUCGGAUACCUUGGGGUUGGACAAUACAGUCUUCUGUACCAAACGCAUCAGCAUUCACCUCCUUGCCUCACAUGCCAAUGGGCUCAAUCACAGCCCUGCCUGUGAAUCUGUAACUGACCCCCCAGCAUUUGGAGAAGGCAAAGCUCCAGGUCCCCCUUCUCCUCAAACCCUUGGCAUAGCCAACGUGGCCACUCGCCUCUCUUCCAUCCAGCUGGGCCAGUCUGAGAAGGAGAGACCCGAGGAGGCCAGGGAGCUGGACUCAUCUGGUAGGGAUAGUAGUUCAGCUACUGACCUCCAGCCAGACCAGACUGAGACUGAAGAUACAGAAGAAGAACUAGUAGAUGGUUUGGAAGACUGUUGUAGCCAUGAUGAGAAUGAAGAGGAGGAGGGAGACUCAGAGUGCUCCUCAUUAAGUGCAGUCUCCCGCAGCGAAUCGGUGGCUGUGAUCUCUCGAAGCUGUAUGGAAAUUCUGACCAAACCCCUUUCCAAUCAUGAGAAAGUUGUCCGACCAGCCCUCGUCUACAGUCUCUUUCCCAACGUUCCCCCUACCAUCUAUUUUGGCACUCGGGAUGAGAGAGUGGAGAAACUUCCCUGGGAGCAGAGGAAGUUGCUCCGAUGGAAGAUGAGCACAGUGACCCCCAACAUUGUCAAGCAGACCAUUGGACGGUCCCACUUUAAAAUCAGCAAAAGAAACGAUGACUGGCUGGGCUGCUGGGGUCACCACAUGAAGUCUCCUAGUUUCCGAUCCAUUCGAGAGCAUCAGAAGCUAAACCAUUUCCCAGGCUCGUUCCAGAUUGGGAGAAAGGACCGGCUAUGGCGGAACCUGUCACGCAUGCAGAGCCGCUUUGGCAAAAAGGAGUUCAGUUUCUUCCCCCAGUCCUUCAUCCUGCCCCAGGAUGCCAAGCUCCUGCGCAAAGCGUGGGAGAGCAGCAGCCGCCAAAAGUGGAUUGUGAAGCCACCAGCAUCAGCCCGAGGCAUUGGCAUCCAGGUUAUUCACAAGUGGAGUCAGCUCCCCAAGCGAAGACCCCUCCUGGUACAGAGGUAUCUACACAAACCCUACCUCAUCAGCGGCAGCAAGUUUGACCUGCGGAUCUAUGUUUACGUCACUUCCUAUGAUCCUUUGCGGAUUUACCUCUUUUCAGAUGGACUGGUCCGCUUUGCCAGUUGCAAGUAUUCCCCUUCCAUGAAGAGUCUUGGCAAUAAGUUCAUGCACCUGACCAACUACAGUGUCAAUAAAAAGAAUGCCGAGUACCAGGCCAAUGCAGAUGAAAUGGCUUGCCAGGGCCACAAAUGGGCACUGAAGGCUUUGUGGAACUACCUGAGCCAGAAGGGAGUCAAUAGCGAUGCCAUCUGGGAGAAGAUAAAAGAUGUUGUUGUCAAAACCAUCAUCUCGUCAGAGCCCUACGUGACCAGCCUGCUCAAGAUGUAUGUGCGGCGGCCCUAUAGCUGCCAUGAACUAUUUGGUUUUGACAUCAUGCUAGACGAAAACCUCAAGCCCUGGGUCCUGGAAGUCAACAUUUCCCCAAGUCUCCACUCCAGCUCUCCACUGGAUAUCAGCAUCAAAGGCCAGAUGAUUCGUGACCUUCUGAACCUGGCCGGUUUUGUCCUGCCCAAUGCAGAGGAUGUCAUUUCUAGCCCCAGCAGCUGCAGCAGCUCCACCACCAGCCUCUGCUGUAGCCUGCCCACCUCCCCCGGGGACAAAUGUCGAAUGGCUCCAGAGCAUUUCACUGCACAGAAGAUGAAGAAAGCCUAUUUUCUGACCCAGAAAAUUCCUGAUGAGGACUUCUAUGCAUCUGUGCUGGAUGUCCUGACACCAGACGAUGUUCGGAUUCUGGUUGAGAUGGAAGAUGAGUUUUCUCGCCGUGGUCAGUUUGAACGAAUUUUUCCUUCUCAUGUCUCCUCUCGUUAUCUCCGCUUUUUUGAGCAGCCACGAUAUUUCAACAUUCUCACCACCCAAUGGGAACAGAAAUACCAUGGCAACAAGCUCAAAGGAGUAGAUCUGCUCCGGAGUUGGUGCUACAAAGGGUUCCACAUGGGAGUUGUCUCUGAUUCUGCUCCAGUGUGGUCUCUCCCGACAUCACUUCCAACUGUCUCAAAGGAUGACGUGAUACUCAAUGCCUUCAGCAAAUCAGAGACUAGCAAGCUGGGAAAACACAGCUCCUGCACAGGAAGUCUGCUACUCACUGAAGAUGGGACCACACCCAAGUCCAAGAAGACCCAAGCUGGCCUUUCCCUUUAUCCCCAGAAACCAAGUUCCUCAAAGGACAGUGAGGACACCAGCAAAGAGCCCAGCCUUUCCACCCAGGCGUUACCUGUGAUCAACUACUCUGGGCGGACUUCAAGACUUGCUGCUCCUUCCACUUUCCAGUCAGGCAGUGACUCCCUCCUGGCUGUGAGCCCAUAAUUGGCCUCUCUCCACAAGCCUCUGCCCAGGAGUAUGGGCAUCAGCUACCUCACAGGAACCGGCCUGCUGACCAGCCUGAACCCCUUCCCGCUUCACCCUGUCCCUCCUCAGAGUAUUUUUUGAAGUGAUUGCAUUAUAGAGAUGAGUAUGUGUAGGACCAGAGGGAUGGUGGUGAUGGGGAGAAGGUGAGGAAGGGCCACCCUCUGUCACCUGUCCGCCUGGCUGGCACCUCCUAUCUCAGCAGAGAAGCCAGUGAUGGCCACGCAGCCUUAUAAAGCAGGUUUUGGUUUCUACCUUAAGUGAGCCAUGUGGUUUGUUUGGGGCCUUGGUGCAGUUGCUGAGUUGUAGCUCAAGAGGAGAAAACAUAGAGAACAUGUAUGGGCCAGAAGUCCUUUGUUCUGAAUUGGAGGGGGCCUUCUGAGACCCUCAUUUCCUUAGAUCUUCCCUCCCCCUCUCCCACCCCCUGUCCCGAGGAGAAAGCGUCGACCUUCUGCAGUGGACAGGCGAAGAGGCCGCAGCGUGCUGAACCCAUUUCCUGUCACCUCGGUCUUGGAUCCUAGCCACCCAAGACUAGGAUCUUGGCCUACAAAGGCCCAAGAUGCCUAUUCGAAGGCAUCUUCACCGCCUCCUUCCAAAUACUCACCUUGCCAGCAGCCCUAGGUCUUCCUGUUCUGUCCCCCCAUCACUGCUCGUUCAGCCUUCUGACGUCUCUCGUGGACAGCUCCUCUUUAGCUGUGAUGUGUAAGAGGGUCUGUGACCUUUGUGAGUUUCCCAUGGCCCCAGUGAAGGAGCCCAGAUAAUCCCAGUAGCUGUUACCUGUCUCCCUGUAUUAAAGGACAGUCCAGGGAGAGGGCGGAAGGGGAUGAGGUUUCUCUACAAUCCAACAAACGUGGUUUCUCAUGUUCUGCCCUACAGCAAGCAGGGUCUGGUGGCUUGGCAGGUGGGUUUCAGGAGCAGUCACUAUUGUGGGAUGGGCUUCCAAUGAGACUUCAGACUAAACUCUUGUACUCAACUGAUUCUACCUCCCUCCUGUAGACUCAGUAAACAGUGAAUAUUCAGUAAAUGUUGACUGAGUGAACUGUAUUUACAGAGAUCUCAAAGGACCCCCAGCACUUGAACCAGAAGUUCCACUUCUCUCUCAUCUGGGGAUGAGAAAGUGGAGCCUUGGGGCAGAACAGGUGGAAGAGUUUGAAUCAGAAAGGUUUUCUCUGGAGCUGUGCUCCUUCCUAACCCAGCACUUCCUGGGUUGCUGCUUGCCUCCACCCCAGCCCCUGCAGUCCCUUUUCUUAGUUUUUUCCAGCAGUGGCACAUAUAAGAAGCCAAAUGGUCCCAUGUCCCUGCUACUCAGGUUUUCUCUUUGCAUAUCAGGCAGAAAGCUCAGCUACUUGGUCUCACCCUGUACCGUAGCUGCCCUUGUUCUCUCUGAGCUUUGGAAAGAUAGAGACUCCCGUGUUUCAUGGCUCUGGGAGCUCUGUGGCAAGUUGGGGUGGAGUCCUGGAAAGAUCACUGAGAGGCCUGACUGGGUUCAAGGCCACAGAGUAGGUGGUGUCUGGCCAGUCCUAAGGCCAUGUUGACAGUUGUGAAGAAAGUUUGGUGGCAAAGUCCUGGGCAUCAUUGUCUGCUCUAUAAUGACUUUAAAGUCGGGCCAUAAUGGGAGAGGUCCUUGAUAGUCGUCCUAUUGGAUCUUUUCUGAUGUAAUUGAAGCGGCCCAGCUCUUCAGUCCUCUGGCUGCAAUAUUCUAGUGCAGAUAUGACACAGGGUAUCUGCUGCCUUCCUAAGAGAAAAUGAGCCACCUGCCUGGCAGCUUUGUUGUGGCUGGGCCUUCUCCACAAGGACUUAGGCAUGGAGGCGUGUUUGAGCUGGUUUACUUCAUAAAAACCAACUUCUUUGGCUUGCCCUCUGAGAAUCUUGUACAACGUAGCCAAUCUAUUUCCAUUCCCAUAACUGGAGAGGGAACCAGUUGCUGAAUGAGGGUAUUGAGUAAAGUUUGGUGGGGGAAGGGAGAAGGACUUAGGAAAUGAAGUCCUUAUGAUCAAUGAAAGUCUUAAAUGUGCAAUGGAAAGACAGUGCUCUUAGUAGUUUAAAACAUGUUUGUACAUCAAUAAAUUGUCAUCACAUUUGAGUAUCUGAUAGAUGUGGGAGUUUUGCUGGGUAGGAGAAAGGAAUGGGACUUACUGUAUCACAUUUACCUUUCAUUCUUUUUUAUAUAGAGACGGGGUUUCACCUUGUUAGCCAGGAUGGUCUUGAUCUCCUGACCUCGUGAUCCGCCCACCUCUGUCUCCCAAAGUGCUGGAAUUACAGGCGUGAGCCACCGUGCCUGGCCACCUUUCACUCUUGAGAGAAAAUUAAAUCUUAUUAAGCAUUCGGCAUAUGUACGUUUGCAUUGAAUACCCGCCAUUGUGAGGUAUUCAGCUAGGUAGGCGUUUUCGAGAAGGAAUGAGAUUUUUUUGGAAAGUUAAAUUUGGGUGUAUAGUAGAAUAAAUGUUUGUCAGAGCAUGUCAAAUGCUUUCCUAAGUUGAUAACUUACCUACUCUAUUUGGAGGAAGGGAAGCGAGUGUCCUGAGACAAGGAAUGAAGUGCAGGAUAUUUCUAGAGUAGUGGAGUAAGGUCUUGGGGUGGAAAGUGGAGGAGGGCAGUCACUGCUGACUUCACAUCCACUUAAGAAUGCUGAAAAACUCAGUUGCUUAGAACAAAUACUAAUGAUGAGAGAGCAUUGUGUCAGGAAGGAUAGGAACCUUGAAUCAGGCCGACCUUGGGUUUAAAUCCCAGUUCUGCCACUUACUGUGUGACCUUGGGUGUGUCAUCUAACUUUUAAGUCUCCAUUUCUUUGUAGUGUGAAUAUAAUACCAACAUUGCAGGGUUGUGAAGGUUUAAACCAAAUGUAGUAAAAGUACUUAGGACAUAGAGGGCACUUUGCAAGGUCACACCUUCCUCCACUUGCUGUCUAAGCCUUGAGCCCUCGGUGGGAAGAGACAGGCAAGAAAUAUAAAACCCUUUCCUCCAGGAAGUGGAGCUGCCAUUGAGAUGUUUUAGAAGUGAAGAAGCCAUAACAGUCUAGAUAGCUCAUGGCCCUCACCCUCACCCCAGUGCACACACAAACAUCAUCGUUAUUCAGCCUCCUAUUAUGUUAUUACUCUACUGGGGAUUUAUUUCUUUGGCUAAACACUUUACAGGCAGAGCACAGAUCCCUGAGAAAGAAAGCACAGUAAGCAUUAGAAGUAUGUGAACUGAGUGAGAUUAUUAAAUUAUUUCAAGAGCAGCUUUGAUAAGAAAGGGAGAGCAAGCACAGUGGGUGUCAGGUGUCUGGACAGGGGAGGAGCAGGGUACAGAAAGUAAGAGACCCUGAUUGGAACUGGAGCCAAAGAGGAAAUACAUAGACCUAACAGCUGUACCAAGGGGCAGUUGUCAUUACAGGUACAUUUUCUUGGUGUCAGGCUGUUUGGCUGAGGGUGACUAUCCCCCCCCACCCCCCAGUCAAAGGACAUACGUGAUGGCUUCUGGGACAAUCCAGCACUGCUGAGGGCCAGUGAAGGAGACUGAUCAUCUGGAUACAAAGACCUUUCUACUUCCUCCUCAGCUGAAUUAGUUACCCAAGAUAGGUGACCAACAAAGGCAGCCAGGGGAUCUCCUCUCCUGGCCUCCCCUUGAUUUGUAAGAUUAAGGCCUACCUCUGAUUGCUGUUCAGAUCCCCCAGCUGCUUUGAGACUUGGAAACACUGAUGGUUUUCAGAUGGCUAAGGGAGCUCCAUUUCAUGCCACCUGAGAUUAUAACCAAGCCUUUUCCAACCUUUCUUGGCCUUUUAGAGUCCCCCUGUAGCAGAGUUUGCACGCUGAUUAAUAUCCAGGUAUCUAUACCAUCUCAUUUGGCUUGCCCCUUCACUAAAUUUGGAUCAGUGAAAGUUGCAAACAGUCAUAUGUUGCUCUUGGCAGAUGUUUCACAGGUGAAAGAACACAAGGAGGGUCAAUAGCAGGUGGUGGUUUUCUAGAACCCAUCUGUGUCGUAAUUACAACAGACUGAGAUACAUGGAAUGCCAGGGACUGCCACAGGCAAAGCUAACAAAAUUUUGAGAAGAUAUUUAAGUUUCAAUUAGUAAACUGGGGACACCAAAGCCUACCUCAUAGAAUGGGGUUUCAUAUGGGACUAGAAUAUGGGCGGAAAGCACCUAGCAAGGUGCCUGAUAAUGUAUGAUACAGAUUUAAAAUAGUGGAUUCUAAAACUGACCAAAACUACCACAAAAAGCAUUUAAAGUAAAAGUACUUUAACAUGCAACAGUAUUACAAUACGAUUACAAUAGCAUGUUAAUAUUACAAAACUAUGGUAAAAUAUACUUUGAUUUUAUCCAUGAAUUAAAGCUGAGGAUGUAUUGAGAUAAUUAGCUUAGAUAGAUUAAAGCACAUAUCAGUAGUCAGAGAAGAGCAAUUUAAACUGCAAGAUACCACUUAACACCAAAGUGGCUCAAAUUUAAGACUGAAAAUGCCAAGUGUCAGUAUGAUACUGAGAUACUGUGAAGCCGCUGAUGGGAAUGCCAAAUGGUGCACUGGAAAGCAGCUUGGUAGUUUCUUAUAAAGUGAAACAUGUCGUUAACAUAGGACCUAGCACUUCCACUCUGGCAGGCAAAUGUUCAUAGUAGCUUAUUCAUAGUAGCCAAAGCUUAGAAACAACUGUAUGUCCAAGAAUUAGUGAAUUAACGAACUGUGGUAUCUCUGUUCAAUGGAAUGCUCUUAGAUAUGAAAAAGGAAAAGAGUUUGGGUGCUGUGGCUCACACCUGUAAUCCCAGCACUUUGCGAAGCCAAGGCAGGAGGAUCACUUGAGCCCAGGAAUUCAAGACCAGCCUGGGCCAACACACUAGGACCCUGUUUCUACAAAACAAAUAAAUACAAAUAAAAAAGGAAUGAAUUGAUUCAUGUAACACCAUGCAUGAAUCUAAGCAUAUUCCUAAGCAAGAAGAAGCCAGAAACAGAAGACAUGCUUUAUUAUUCCAUAAUCCAGAAAAUGCAAACUAUAGUCACAGAAAGCAGGUGAGUGCUUCCAUGGACUAUAGAUGAGGAAGGGGUAGACUGUAAAGGGCACGGUGGGAAGAUUCUGUAUCUUGAUUGUGGUGGUGGACACAUGACUAUGUACAUUUGCUGGAACUCAUCAAAUUGUGCACUUAGAAUGGGGGAGUAGUAUUGUACGUAAGUAAAUAAAGCUGAUUUAAAA